AAGCUAUCAGCAGAGAAGAAAGGGAUAGCAUGGCUCCGGGAGAGAAGGAAAGGGAGGAGGGGCCAGCCAAAAGCGCCCUCCGGAAGGUACGCACUGCCACUCUGGUUAUCAACCUGGCCCGAGGCUGGCAACAGUGGGCAAAUGAGAACAGCACAAGGCAAGCCCAGGAACCGUCAGGCUGGCUUCCUGGAGGGACCCAGGACCAAUCCCAAGCUCCUAAACCAGUGACUUGUCCCACUUUCCCUAAGUCUCCAUCCCUAAAGCCAGAGGGACAUGGAGACGGACAAAGCUCCGAGGAAGCCACCGAGAUCUCUCACAUCAAAAGGAAAGAGGUGACCAAGACAAUUGUCAGCAAGGCGUAUGAGAGAGGAGGGGACAUGAGCGACCUCAGCCACAGGUAUGAGAAAGACAGCAACACGCCCGAGCCCGACCAUCCAGAGAACGACAUUGACAGAAUCCUCCACAGCCAUGACUCCCCGACUCGGAGGAGAAAAUGUGCCAACCUGGUGUCUGAGCUGACCAAAGGCUGGAAAGAGAUGGAAAAGGAGGUGCCCAUGUGGAAGAGCGACAGUGUAGACACGGAGGACAGUGGCUAUGGAGGGGAGACCGAGGAGAGGCCCGAGGAUGGAGCACAGGUGGCUGCUGCCAGGAUCAAACGUCCCUUGCCCUCUCAAGCUAACAGAUUUACAGAGAAUCUCAACUGCAAAGCCCAACGGAAAUAUAGCCACGUGGGUGACUUGAAGGGGAGAUGGCAACAGUGGGCUGAUGAACACAUCCAGUCCCAGAAACUCAAUCCUUUCAGUGAGGAAUUUGAUUAUCAGCUGGCCAUGUCCACCCGCCUGCACAAAGGAGAUGAGGGCUAUGGCCGUCCGAAGGAGGGGAGCAAAACUGCUGAGAGGGCCAAGCGAGCUGAAGAGCACAUCUACAGGGAAAUUAUGGACAUGUGCUUCAUCAUCCGCACAAUGGCUCGCCACAGACGAGACGGCAAGAUCCAGGUGACUUUUGGAGAUCUCUUUGACAGAUACGUUCGUAUUUCAGAUAAAGUGGUGGGCAUUCUCAUGCGUGCCAGGAAACAUGGACUGGUAGACUUCGAGGGAGAGAUGCUAUGGCAAGGCCGAGACGACCAUGUUGUGAUUACUCUACUUGAGUAGACCUUCAACAAUAAAAGCCAAACGUGACCCACUAGUGUCUUCAUGUUCAAUGUAUUAAAAAUUAAAAUGCAAACUGCUCUGUAACAUGUUAGAGGAUAUUAAACAAUUUUUAUAUGAAUGAA